CACACACACACACACACACACACACACACGCGUACGCACGCACUAAUCGAAAUAAUAUAAACAUUCGAUCCGUAAGAAUAACGUAACAUUGCACAGACGUCGACAGUGAUCUGUAAGUAUUUGCACGUGAGAUUUAAUCGUGACAUGUUGCCAAAAGAGGAGCGAUAGCUGAGAUUUUUCCCAGUUACAUUAAGAUCAAAACAUAUCGAUUGUGUGUGCUUUACUUAAGGUAAUAGCGCAACGAUUGCAGAUAUUAUUGCAUUUGAGAUUGGAAAAAGAAACACAAAACAGAAAAAACAAAAAAGAAAUAAUAAACACGCACAAAUGGCACUUGUUCGAGACGAGUCGACACCAGUGAUCUAUGAUUGAUCGUAAUACUCGUGACUAGGCGCGCUUGCCUUGAAGGAAUAGAAAAAUUCCGCGCUAACGAUGGUAGCCUUCGUAUCCGCCGCGGACAGACGCUCCGGGUCACAAUGACAGCGUGAGGAGAGACAGGCUCCGAUUUCUAUCCGGGCGCAGAAAUCAUCUCGAGCUCGGCGCGAAAAGGCGAUUUGCACUUUCAGACUCUGAAAAUACGCAUCACGCUCCGACGGGCGCGCGCGCGCGAGACUCAGAGGAGAAGAAUCCGAGUGAUGUGAGUCCUGCGAGCGAUCAGGGAAAACAGUGACAACGUCCAUCAUCGACGGUCCACGAUUUUCCUUUUCCCGGCUGCGAGAGGCUGCGAGACGUCGUGAAGCACGGCGACUGGAAGAUCAGGGUGGAUGAGGAGAUGUGAAGCACGAGGAGGAGUGAAGCGCGUCGUAGAUCUGGCGAAGGCGGAAGUCGAGGGAACGAAGGUGAGCUUCACCGCAGGGAUAGCGGCACGUCGAGGGAGCACCUGGCGCGGGCCGCCUGAGAUGACGGCCGCGCGACAGGACAUCACGGCAUCCCCGUACAGAACCUUCCUUCUGGUGUCUCUGAUCGGACUGCUGCUCCAAAUUCAUUCGGCCACGGGUGGUAUAUGUUGGUCGUCCAUCAGUAACGGUCGCUGCAAAGAGCUUCUGUCGCAAGGCGUCACGCGGGAGGACUGUUGCGCCUCGAACGCAGCGGCAGCGACUGCCUAUUCCGAAGAGGAUCUGGACAGCGGAAGUCUUUUCUUCUGGAAGGUUCUCGGUGGGGGUGUGCAGUGCCUUCCUUGUCGAGAGAGCUGCGCGGAAGUGAGGUGUGAGGAAGGAAAGAAGUGCGUGGUGCGUAGAGGAAGACCGAGGUGCGUGUGUAGUCCGGAGUGCAAAGCACCGCGAGGUGGUGGACCGGUCUGCGGGACGGACGGCAAGAGUUACAAGAGUCUGUGCAGACUCAAAAAGCGAGCUUGCAAGAAGGGCAGUCACGAGCUCGCGGUUGCUUACAACGGCCACUGCCAAAGUUCGUGCGCACGGGUCCGGUGCGGCCAAGGUCGGAGCUGUCUACUGGACCAGAACCUGAGCCCUCACUGCGUGAGGUGCGCCCGCAGGUGCCCCCAGGCGCCCCCGCACCAGGUCGCCGGCGCGCGCCCCGUCUGCGGGGCCGACGGAAACACCUACAAGAGUGCCUGCCACCUGCGACUCGCCGCUUGCCGCGCUGGCCGCGCCAUUCCCGUCGCUUAUAAGGGCCAUUGCAAACAGAGCGCAGACUGCACCACGAUACGCUGUCGAGAAGGCCAGACUUGUUUAUCCGAAAUGAAGUCCGGACGACCGCGUUGCGUGACCUGCACCUACCGUUGCCCUCGGAAACGGGAGCGCGUCCGGAAUCGAACGCACCGUGACAGAGAUCGUGAUCGAGACCCAUCGACGACCAUGUUAUGCGCGACAAACAACAUCACCUAUCCCAGCUGGUGUCAUAUUAUCAAGGACGCCUGCGUCACCGGUUUCGUUCUCGAAACCCGGCACGCGGGCCCUUGCAACGCUUACGAUACGGCCCCUCUUUAUAUCGAGGACGACAACACCUCGAGCAACUACGGGGUCGAUUUGGCGGACGAAGAUACGAAGGCAGGCGAUGAACGCACCAAAUCCCCAUACGGCCUGCACUCGUUGGCGUUGUCGUAGCUCCGGUAUCUGCGCUUUUCGUAAGAGUAUGACAACACGCGUGUAUGCCGUUAUAGCGGCAGAUCGCGACCUACAGUCUGGAAAUUCGACGGGUGCUCACCUCACCGAGGAGGAGGAAGGUCACCGAGGAACGGCGAAGCGUGAGCUUGAAGAUCGGCAUCGAUACGCGAUGUAUCCGUUGUUCCUCGAUCUCCAACAGAUAGACUAGAAGAAGAGGAACGAGAAGGAGGGCCAUCGACUUGACACCGAGAGCAAAGUCUAGCGAGGCGCGAAAACAUCAUGUCUUCUUAGUCGCUUUUCCUCGAGGGGAAAAGAGAGAGAGGAGGAGGAAGUUCAUAUCAAAACACGCCUCGAGACAGAAACAUAUCUUGUUCGGUGCUGCUGCCGAAAGAACUAGGAGCGAGAAGGGGAGAAGAGCGGGGGCACUUGGGAAUUACUUUACGUGACAAAAGAGAUACCCACACUGCCGAAUUCUCUCUCUUUCUCUUCUGCGCCGAUGCGCGCUUACUGAUCUCUCGUCGACGAAAGAAAUAACGGUGCGAACGAACAAAAAAAAGUAGAUCUCUCGUGUUGUUCGGCGCGCGCGCGCGAACGAUCGCGACUUCGCGUGAAAUUACGAUCCGAUAUCGAGUCGGCGCUACCGAUUCGAUGCUGCUCUUCCGUUGAUUGACGCAGACCACGAGUCUUCCGAGCUGACGGAUAUACAUAUAUAUGUGACUCCUAGGCAUAUAGUCGUAUAGUCUCGUAACGUAGUAGAAAAGUUGUAUAGAGCGAAAAAAAAUAAUACGAGCGACCAUAAAGAACGCGUGUGAUAAUAUUCGUAAGAGAGGUACCAACUUGGACGACCUGGAAAAUUCCAAAAACUUUUGCAUUAUAUACAUACGUAUUAUCUGUGCUAAAAUUGUUACCGAGACAAAUUCGCACACGCACACGUACACCACGCAUAUAAACGUUUCAUUGUGGAUAUAUAGAGGAAAUAUCGUUAAAUCGAUGAUAAAAAUGUGGUGACUUUGAGAUCGAGUGUCGCUCAGCGAGAAUUUAGGCGGUGCGCUCUUCGCGAAAUAUCAAUCAGUAAUAUUUAAUUAGUGUCAAAAUUUAACGAUUUUAAUGGCUUUUGCAAGGGUCUAAAUUUUUAAUGCUUUUACUACUUUCGAUCAAAUAUUCAAAAAUAUUUAUCAAUUUAAUAUGCCGAUCGAAUUCUCGCUAGGGCAAGGGAGCAGAUUUUCAAAUUAUCAAGAAAUUUAAUCCUAUUAGCGAUUAACAUAUUCUACGAAAUAUUUUACUGUGUAUGCUGCCAAUGAUAAAUGUCACGAACCAACAGAUACUUGGAUAUUUCGGAAAAACGCAAGAAGCCUAAUAGAAAAAGUAUAAUAUCGAUCGCAGUACUAUUGUAACUGAGAUAGAUAUGUAAUCAAGAAGAUAUAAGAAAACAGUGUUCGGCAUUGAUCGAUUAAGAUGAGUUAGUUGAUUAAAAUAGUCGACAAGUCAAUGAUCAAAAUUAAGCGAUCGUCGUAUGUAAAAUCACUUAAUCGAUCGGUGAAAUUAAUUAUUAAUCGUACUUUGACUUGAUUAAUCGAUUAAUAAUUAAUUUCAUCAGUCGAUUAAAUUGUUCACGAUUACAUAUUGAUUGAUUUAUCUUGACUGUUGAUUUUUCGACUAUUUUAAACAAAUAAGAUUUCAGUCGACAGAUUCCCCACACUGUGAAAAAGCUUUCACUCCUGUCCGAAAAGUGGGAAAACGAUUUGAUCGUGCGAUUUUUCUCACGACGUUCUUUUUCAACUAUAGUUCUUCCAGGCGCGACUUUAUCACAAUCGUGUACCACAACUGUGUAAACUGAUCGACGACUUCGCGCAAGCCCUUUUAUUCCCCUCCAACUGACGCGUCUUUAAGAGACAGCCCAAGAGAGACGCGCAUCAAUAGUAUUCUCUGACAUUAAUCCGAUUAGUCGGUAUUUAUAGAUAUAUUAAACGGAACUCUCUCGCGACGGAGAGAACGAUAGCCGUUUCGGCUCGGCGUAUCGUUCGGUUGCAUCGUGUCACGCGGCGUAACGUUCGGGAUGUAAUGUAAUGUAAUUCGCGGUAAGAUUGGCGCGGCGAUGUCUCUCCCAAAAGUAGCGCAUUAGAUAGACGAACAAUUUGACGUAAGUCAGUAUUUAUUAACCGACUUCGCGCGACGAAAGGUCGUUGACACGGCGGAUGGACGAUCGAAGAUGAUCGCGAUGUGGUCCCGGUCGGUUUGUCGAAAGCAUCUCGCGAUUAAGCAGUAGCAAUAAAUUCAUUCUCAUAAAUAAUUUGGCGAUAUCAUGCCGGAUUAAUUUAUUUCGAACGAAGUUGGUGGUGUGGUUUUGCAACAUUUGUGUGUAAUUGGCCAAUGAGACACAAGUUUUAGGCCAACAUUAAGAGGAAGAAGAGGCAGUUCGCGAUGUUUGAAAUAGCAGCGAUUAAACGGUGCUCGAGCGCGCUAUCGAACGUGUAGCGCACUCGGCGCUCGAUGAAUUUGAAAUUUAAAUUUUAGAGGAGACACAAACAGAGAUUUCACAUGAGAAACGUCACUGGUCUGCCUUUAAACCUUGAUUUGAAUUCGCAACUUGCUUUAGUUUCGUCUGUACCCCGCAUACCACAUUUUCGUUGACAUCAUCGAUCGUCCAAAUGCUUCCGUCCUGACGUCGAUAGUAUUCGUGUAAUAUUUGUACUUAAUUUAUUUUAGUUUUACGAACGGCAUUUCGUCCUCCACUUACGUCAUGCACGGUACCAGGCGAUUGCUUCGAUCGGUCCUUCGAUACGAACGCGGCGAAAUUGGGAACGAAAUUUCAACGUGGACUGACCACCUGUGUCGUUGAAUCGACGACAAAUAUAAAAUAGUGUUGUGCCGAAUUUACUAGUAUCAUUAUUGUUAAAAUGAUCGGGCAAAAGACAACGAAGCAGAUAUCGAUCGGCACACAGAUUUCUCAGCGAUCUCGCGCGAGCCAUUUGGAUCAUUCUAAAUUUUUAAAUUUAAAAUUUUUUUUUGUAAAAUUGCUGAAUUUCACAGCAUUUAUUCCCAGUAACGAUAAUCGCCUGUUGCUUGUAAAAUGGCAUGCUGCGCUGCAGCAGUCUACAUCUGUAUCGCGGCUAAAGUCGGUCUAAUGAUCUCUGACCGUACGCCGACCAGCGUAACACACAUAAGUAAUAAGUAAUAAUGAAAAAUCUCUCCCGGUCUGAGGCGGUACGAUCGUGUGUGUGUGUGUGUGUGUGUGUGUGUGUGCCCCUGGCUGGGAGCACGCUGCGAGUUGGAGCGAAUCGCGUGCCACGAUUAAAAACGUGAUCCGAUCCGCACGUUAGAACACGUAAAGCAAUUAUGAUAAAGCGUACGAACUCGCGGGACUCCGUUUCUAUGAGAGAUAUAACGAAUCUCACACACAACAAGCAGAAUAUAUAUAUCACACUCUUAAUGUCUAAGUUACAAAAUGCUUUAUCUAGGCAAUAACAAAUUAAUUAACUUAUAAAUAGAUGAAUAAAUAUAUAAAUAUAUGUACAGGCGUCUCAAAACUAUCGUAUACGAUACUUUAACAACGUAUUUCGGAACUGCACUGUCGAAAAACUGAAUGCGGAUUGUAGGAAAACAGUACAAUCAGCUAAUCAAUGAUCACCGAUAAUAGAUGAUAAAUCGGUAUACCUGUCGUGCGAAAUUUACACGAUAUUAUUAGUCAAUUUUAAUAAUUUAUUAUUCGAAUAUUAUAAUUACCUCGACUCAUCUUCGUAUUAGGAUUUUCGACUCUUAAUUGAGUUCUAGAAUACCUUGUUAAACUAUCGCACAACUCUUGGACAACCUGUAUGAAAAUACAAUAUGUAUUUACAGAAUUGUACAGAAUGUUCGGUAGAUAGACGCAUUUGUGACGAAGAAUACUCCUCUCUUUAAGAAAACUUUAAGGAAACCAAUCUUUAUUCUGACAAAAUUUCUUUAAACCUCAGGUUUCUAAUACGACAUUCAAACGAUCACAUUAAACAAUUUUAUAUCUUUAUAGUUAAGCGCGUCAGGAUCCUCUCGAGUAAGUCUGAACUUUGACUAAACAUUCUUUUUUUUAUUUGCAUUCUUCAAUUGCAUUCUCUAAGAAUCUCUUCUUUUGAAAACAACUAUUUGCAUCUCAACACAUCUUUUCGCCUUAAAUUAUUGUUAAAAAUUAUAAAUUGAAAAAUUAAAAUUAAAAAUUAUAAAAUGAAAAAUUUUUUAAUUAAAAAUUAUUGUUUCUCAACAAGGAAUAUCACCAAACUUACAUCAAACGCGCCUAUUAUCAAACAUUCUGUAUAUACAUAUAAAUUAUGUAUUAUAUUUUUCAUAUAUAUACAUAACUUAUAUGUAUAUGUAAACUCGCAACUGCUUUCAAGACUGUGGAACACAUUAUAUAGAUGUAUAUAUAUAAAUGUUUAAAUAAAUUAUUAUAACAUCGUAAUAUCAA